ACCCACGGAGCCAUCAUUUCUGGCUCGGCGGCCGCGGGACCGUCCUGAACCCUCUCGCGCCCCGUAGUCGGAGGCUUCCGCCCCUAACAAAGAUGGCCGCCCACGUCGCCCUCUCACCCCUCCGCCCCUACCCCUUCGGCCCACAUCAAAUACGUGACUGACUGUCUUUCACUUUCGGGUUACUGUGGACGCGAGAUGCCGCUGGUUCCGAAGGCAGCGGGGCGGAUCAAGCUAGACUGUCCUCUGCGGCCCGGCUGCCCGCUGGGGGGCGCUGCUGUCCCCAGACUCUGCAAGGAAUUCGGUCCCGAGGACUACGGCGAAGAGGACAUAGUGGAUUUUCUUCGACGGCUGGUGGAGAGUGAUACCCAGGGCCUGCACCGGAUCCGUGUGGAUGGGAGCAGCGGGCGGCUGCAGCUGUGGCACCAUGAUUACCUCCUGGACCAAUUCCAUGAUGAGGGAGAAACGACUAGACAGAGUGACAGGGGCAAGGGGGCUGCGGGACUGGGUACCUACUGUGGUCUCCAAAAGUCCUUCCUGUACCCUCCCCAAGGGUCUAAGCCCUGCCCUCAAAGACCCUCUGCCUCGGCGUCCUUGCCCAGGGGCUCAGACAGCCUGCUGCAGGUGCCCAUGCCCCAGAAGCUCCUGCUGACGGAGGAGGAAGCCAACCGUCUGGCUGAGGAGCUGGUGGCUGAGGAGGAGCGAGUGAAGCAGAAAGCAGAGAAGAAGCGACUCAAGAAGAAGCGCCAAAAGGACCGAAGGCGACAGGAGCGCCUGGAGCAGGACAGUGGGUUGCCCAAGGUCGAGGCCACCCCAGAUGGGAGUGGGAGCCCCCCAUCCAGCCCUGGGAACCCAGCUCAGGGACAGUGUGGUGAGGAGGAGGACGUACUGGAUCUGUCUAGCACUUUCGUGUCUUUGGCUCUGCGCAAGGUUGGGGAUUGGCCCCCUAGCUCUCUCAGAGAGAAGGAACUGAGCCAGGAGCCCCAAGGCAAGAGCCUGGGCCCUCAGAAGAAGAUGAGCCAGGAGGAAGGGAGCUUGCCAAGGGAAGAGGGCCCCCGGCAGAGCCCUAAGGCAGAGGCAUCUCCAGGACUGCUGGCAGCUGCCUUACAGCAGAGCCAGGAGCUGGCAAAGUUGGGUACUGGCUUUGCCCAAAAAGGUUUCUACCGUGAGGCCGUGGUCUUCUUCACCCAGGCCUUGAAGCUCAACCCCCGGGAUCACAGGUUAUUUGGAAAUCGCUCUUUCUGCCACGAGAGGCUGGGUCAGCCGGCGUGGGCCCUGGCUGAUGCUCAGGUGGCCCUUACCCUGCGGCCUGGCUGGCCCCGGGGCCUCUUCCGCCUGGGCAAGGCCUUGAUGGGACUGCAGCGUUUCGAGGAGGCAGCUGCUGUGUUCCAGGAGACUCUGAGAGGUGGGUCCCAGCCGGAUGCCGCUCGCGAGCUCCACACUUGUCUCCUGCAGCUGGCUAUGCAGGAUCAGCGAGGAGGAUACCGUGCACCACCUCCGCCAACUGGGUUCCCCCAGCCGUUUCCCCACACUGAGCCCGUGGCCUCGGGCCUUCUCUCCCUCAGUCACCCUCCAAGCACUGCUCCAAGGGCCCCUCCUGGCCUUCUGUCUCCACCCUUGCACUAUCUACCUCCUCACCCAAGCCUCUCCAACCAGCCCCACCCCCAGACUCAGAGCAGAAGACCUCCUCUCCAUCUCCAGAACCCCUCAAAGGGCUGGGGCACCCUGGGACUUGGGACCCAGCAUCUACCUCAGGCCAGAUGAGGGAAGACCUGUCCCUCAUAGGACAAGGCCAUGGUUAUAUCCCACAAGGAUGAGGGACACUGUGUGGUGGCUGUUCCCUGAAUAUUUUGAGACCUUGUACUUCAAAACCAUAGUUAGAGACGCCCCUGAUAGUCAUUCCUCUUGCCACAGAGACCUUCUAAUGAGAGAAGGAGGCCCCAUGACCACUAAAACAGCCUAUCUUUUGUUCUCAAGCAGAUGGCUUCUUCUGGGCAAUAAGGAAAAAUAAAAUCCACCAAGGCUCAAGAAGGGAACCUUACAAGUACAAAAGUUCAGGUGUUAAGACUAUAGGGGGCAUUUGAGGCUUGCUCUGCUCCUGGCCCUGGGGAACUCAUUCGCUAGCCAGAGCUCUGUGCCUGGGAAUGGGGUCAUAGUGAUGAAUAAGGCUGAGUCCUGCCCUUCACUUUGUGGGUGCUCACCUCAUCUUAAUCCUAGUCCUUGCCCUGUUUUCUCCAGCCCCAGCCCCUCAUGACUUGUUUCCUGUCCAUAUUUUUGUGCACAUGUGACCUAUCCUUUGCCCAGUGGUCUGAUGCUCACUUCCUCUGACUGCUAGAAGGUUCACCAAGGGUUUGCCUUUGGGAAUUCCCUUACCCAGUUCCUGCCUGGAGCUGGCAGAGCCCAUACAGCUCCACACUUCCCCCUGCUGGCUCUCCUGCUGAUGGGCUAUCCUUGCCAUGUUCUUCACUUCAGCACUAGGCAUUGUAACUAGUCUUUACCUGCGUGCAUUUACUCAGUUUUCCCACCAAGGGUCGCUGCCCCAAGAGAUGGAUAUAAGUCUCUACUUCCUAUGUAAGAAUCAGGAGUUCUUUUUGGUUUCUCUGAUUCUGGCAGCUGCCCCUGGCUGGUUCCUACCUAGCCUUGCCUGGGACUCUCAGCUCAUUUAAAUGUGGAUCUUCAGGGGAUUUUUAGGCCUCCCAGAAUGCCCUCCCAAGAGGAACCAUUCAUCGGGAUAAGUGAUUCCUGCUGCCUUAUAUGGGUCUUGCUCAAUACUAUUCAUACCUAGAGAUAGGAGGUGUUGAAACUGUAUAGUAGGAUAAAAUCUGCCAUUAUUAGUUGGGUCACCUUGGACAGGUCUCUCAACAUCUGUGCCUCAGUUCCCUCAUCUGUAAAAUGGGUGCAAUCCCUACCUCACAGGGCUGUUGUGAGGACUGAAAGAGAAAGUGAGAAAAUAUCUACCAAGUGCCUGGUACAUAGUGACUGUUAAAUAAACCAAUUUUUAUCUGCAA